UAUUAGUUUAUCACCAACAAUUUGUGUAAAUAUUGUUUGUUGCGGUUAUUUUGGAUUUCCCGCUUGAUGGUGGUUGGUGGGUGCAGAUGGCGCCACAUACAAACGUCAGUGUUGUUUAUAAUUGGUUUUGUUGGGGUUUGCUAAAGUUUGCGCCUAAUAUUAACAACUAACCUGCCGUGAAAAUGACUAACUACGAUUAUUGUUGUGUUUGUGUGGAUAAAGGGUGCGAUUUGGCACCGGUUGUUGAAACCGGACCGAAUAAUCAGACCCACUGUAUGAAUCUUUGUGAUGUGGCCCCAGAAAUUAAUUGGCUGGAAAUUUAUAAAAUCUGUCUGAAAUGCAUCAAAAUAUUAAACUCAAUUGUUGAUUUCAAAGACAGUUGUGUCAAAGCUGAGAAAUACAGAAAAGACAUAGAAAAGGCCAUAAAAUGUACUCAAGAAUGCCAAGAGACUGUAGAAGACCAAAUAGAUGAAAGCACAGCUUGUGAUGAACCACAACUUUCCAACAACACGUCAAGUGAGGAUGAAGAUGAUGUAAAACCCCUUUCAGAACUAAUAGACAUUAAACCAGACAAAACCCCGUUGAGAAAUGCUCGAAUCCCCAAGAAAAAGCAGGUAGAAAAGCCGGAAAAGAAGCGUCGCAAAACCGUAAACAUAUUCAACUGCAACAUGUGCGACUCAGUAUUUGAGCUCGUGUCCAAGUUUAUAGACCACUGCAGGGACAGUCACAAUUUGGACCCAAAAGACAUAAAACCGUACGUCUGUAAGUUGUGCGACAAACGGUUCCUGCGUUCCUGCAAUCUGAUCAAGCACAUGAUCUACCACGAAGGCAACCGCAGUCACAUGUGCUCGUUCUGCGGCAAGGGUUUCAUCACCAAGUGCGACCUGAAAAUCCACGAGAUGGUGCACGAGAACAAGCGCAGCAACAAGUGCGACGUCUGCGGCAAAUGUUUCAACACUUAUAAGGACGUGCGGUCCCACAAGUUGAUCGUGCACGCCGACAAGAACACGUGGAAGUUUGUCUGUCCUGUGUGUUCGAAGCGUUUCCCGAUUAAAUCGAACUUUGACACGCACAUGAAACGGCACAUUGGGGUCAAGAAUUUCCACUGUCACAUAUGCAACAAGAGUUUCAUCGACAAGUUCGUGUUGAAAAGGCACAUGGUCUCGCAUUCUAACGUGCGGGAGUUCAAGUGUGCCCACUGUGACAAGGAUUAUAAGUAUGAAAGGGUUUUAAAAGUGCACAUGAAAAAAGCCCACAAUAUUGGUGAUGUUAAACUGCCCACAAGGGAGAAGAAGUUUAUUUGUCACGUCUGUCCCAAGUCGUAUUAUGCCAAGGAUAAACUGCAGAGGCACAUUUACACGCACACGGGGGAGAAGCCUUUUUUCUGCACGAUAUGCGAAAAACGAUUUAUCGAUAGGUCCUACGUGAGGCAACACAUGAAGACUGCACAUAAUGUUCUCUUUAGUAAUGACAGAGUUUAAUUGUAUAGUGAUUUUUUGUAAAUAAAUUUUGAUUGUAAGAA